AGUGAUUUAGCUUGGACUCCCCUGGAUCUUGUCUCAUUAAUCACUGAACAUACCCCCCUGCAACAAGAACAGGUUUUUUGGAAGGUGCUCUUGGUUCUGCCAAAUGAUGCUGAAUAUGCAGAGGAAGAUCCCAGCAGGGUACUGGUGGAUUGGUUGAAAGCCAAAUUUAUGGGAGAGAAAAGCUGGAAGAAAAACACUUCACCCACAGAAGGCAGAAUUCAAACCCUGGCAUUGUUCAACUCUCCUGGCGUGCGAGGGAGCAGGAGCGUUCAAGUCAGUGUGUGUGUAAAGGUGGCCCACGGCACGCUGUCCGACCCCGAGCUGGACACAGCUGAGAUGCAGAAAGAUUUGCUUGGAACCAGCGGCCUCAUUCUUCUCCUGCCCCCUCGAGUCAGGAGUGAAGAUGUGGCAGAAGAUGAUGUUUAUUGGCUUUCAGCUUUGUUGCAGCUGAAACAGUUGCUCCAGGUCAAACCUUUCCAGCCCGUAGUUCCCUUGGUGGUUCUAGUGCCCGGGGAGGAAGAUGAGGCCACAGAGAAAGAAGUUGAAGAAGGUUUGAUGCUGCAGGACUUGAUUUCAGCCCAGCUUAUUUCAGACUACAUCAUUGUUGAGCUCCCAGGUUCUACCAAUGACUUAGAAGGCACCAGAAGGGUCUCGACGGCCGUGGGCUGGCUGGUUUCCCAGUGCCCUGCCUCCCUGGAGCUCUGCAGCCAGAGCCUCUGGCAGUACCUGGAGGAGGGGCUGGAGGGGGAGUUUGGGAAGCGCUUCUACCGCGACCGGCGGGAGAGGCGCCUGGCUGGGCUGCCCUCCCAGGAGCCUGGGCCCAUCGUGGAGCUCUACAACAGCACCCUGCAGUUCCUCUCAGAGGUGGCCUCUUCAGAGCACCUCUGUGACUGGUCUUGGCCCAUCACGGAGUUUUCGGAGCCUGGGGGUAACAAGCUGCUGCCCCACCUGCAGUGGAACGUGCCCGGGCACCUGGCCUGGCUGAAGAAGGCUGUGCUGUCCUUCCAGAUCCCAUACCUCGACCUGCCUCCCCUGGGUGCUCCUUGGCAUCCUGUUUGCCACAUGAUUUGUCAGUACGUGUCUCAGAUUGCCAGUUCUUCCCACACUCAACCACUGAUCCAGUCUCGAGUGAAGAAUCUGCUGAGCAAAACUUACCAGAAGUGGCAGAACAGGACCUGUGGGGGCUGUGAUGGAGACGGGCCUCCUGUCGAUGAGAUCCCUUGGGAUGAUAUCUUGGUAGUCUGCAUUGAUCAUAAACUGAGAGACUGGAAACCACCCAAGCUUCCCCUUGCUCCAGCAGCAGUAAGUGAAGAUGGGCAGAUUCGUGUGUACUUCUUCAAGGAGCAGCUGAAGAACUUCACCCCCCCCUUGUCCUGGGAGCGAGCCAGGCUGGGCACCCAGGAGGAGAUCCGGGGGGGCCACCAGAG